AUGCUGCGCACAGAAACAGUGGACCCGGAACAGGAGCAGCGCAUCGCUGAGCGCCGGCAACGCAUUCAAAAACGAAUGAACGACGCCAACGGCGACGGCAAUUCGCAGGUGCAAAGCGCCACUGUUUCCAACGCCCCAGCGGGCCGCGGGGAGGCCUCCGUCACCGCCGCCCGCCACGAGAUGGCGGAUGUACUCGGCGGUGCGCACAGUGCCGUCACGAAUUGGGAGGUUGCGAUUGGCGCCAAUGAGAAUGACCACCGCGAGCGUGAGGAGCAGGCGCUGGAGGAGCGUCGAAAGAUGCGACGCGCCGAGUUAGAUGAGAAUGAAGUUCGUCAAGGUGCGAUUGAGCUCAAGUUUGAGUCACUCUAUAAGCUUGAUGUCCCACAUGAGCUGCACAAGGCACUUAAUGAGCAACGGGAGCAGUGUGGAGAAGUGAUUGCCGUGAAGGAUAAACUUAUUACGGCGUUAAAGCAGCAGUUAGAGGAACGUGAAGAGGAGUUUGUCGCAUCCCUUCGACGUGAUGCGGAGGAUGUUAAUAAUCUUGUAAAUGAGAUGCGGGAGCAGACGGCAAAGUAUCUUGAUAUGUAUAGUCUAAAACUACGUGAGGUUGAAAACACGUAUGAACAGGAACGAAAAGAUUCUCUUAUGCGGUGGGAUGAAGAAAUUUAUCAAUUAGUGAAACUGCGUCGCACACGUGAGACGGAAUACCGCAAACGGCGGGAAGCAAAAAUAGCUGAAGCACAACAGAGCAUUGCAGAGAAACAUCGUGAAAACUGUGAAGAGUAUAAUGAUAUCAAGCGAGAACAUCUACAAGAAAUUCAUACUCUUACAGAAGAACUUGAACGUUGUAAAGCGGAGUUCUUGCUUAACGGUGAACGACUAAGUUAUAACUUACAAGUAUUGCGUGAACGAGUAAAGGAGAACAAAAGUGCUCAGGCAUUGCAUAAACGUAGACUUGCAAGACUGCAGGAUACCCUCAGCUCACUUGUGGCCCGCUACGCUGAAUCUGAGAAAAAAUACCAACGCACUAAUAAAGACCUUACCGCCCAGUUACAUCGUGUAGCAGAUCAAUAUCGUGAUCUUCAGAAAAAGUUUCAAAAGUUUGAGAUGUCAGAUAAGGAGAAGUAUCGUCAACUCUGGCGAAUGCAUGAAGAAAAAAAUAUACAACUUGUUCAUAAGUGUCUUCAAGCUGAUCGUGUCCUCUUUGAAGAAAUCCUUGGUGUGCCGUGGAAUCCACCAGAGUUAAAUUACUGGCCUUCAGAUGAUGUGGGUAAUGCGGCAGAAGAAGAAGAAGAGGAUGUUGCCAGUAGUGAUGAAGAAAUUGAAUUAUCAGAGGAAGCUCUCAUGUUACUUGAAAUUCUACAUAAACAAGCGCCUUUUAUUGAAGAUGAAAAUGUACGUACGGCAAUUCAACAGGUACAAGGAACCUCUGAAGAGCGUGCUGUGGUAGAAUCUAUUCUUUCUACUCUACAAAUACGUAAGAAUGAAGAAAUGGAAGACAUGAUGGAGUUCUUUACGGUGGGUAUUGGAGAAGACGCCACGGCGCUUAUUCGCCCACAGGAAGCUGUUCGUGCUCUCUCAACAUUCCUUACGGAGCGACAGCGUAAGUUGCAGUUACAGCGAGAAACUCAAAUACGUUCAGCAGAGAAGAACAAACAGAUUGCUAAAAUCAAACAGGAAGAGCGUCGUCGAACUGCAGAGAAAGAAUAUUGGGCUCGUAUGGCAGAUUCUGUACCAAAGGAACAUCAACGUGUAUGGGGAGCGUUAGAGAAGGGCCUUGAACGAUAUAUUAGUCAACUUCAGCAGCGCAGUAGUUUGAUUGAGCAAACAGAUGCAUUACGAGCUCAGAACGCAGAGUUACGUGAGUUACUUGCACAAUAUAUGCAAAGUGAUGUGAAUUACCAACUCUACAUUCAGCCGCAGUUACUUCUGCAGGCUCGUCCCACCCAAUAA